GUAUUUGCUCGCACGUCCUCUAAUAAAGAAAGACCACAGAGCAAGCCAAGCCAAUCUGUCAACAUGAAAGCCCCGUUUUUAAAGGGCAUUCUUCUUCUCUCACCUCCUUCUCCAUUUAAUUACUUCUCUUUCUUAAUUGCUGUUUCCCUCUAUUCCGUGUAAUCUAGCUAACCCUCUUCCAUGCUUAAUGCUUAGCUAGCUACCAUCAUCAUUCAUCACAUCGAUCACCAUCGCCAUAUAUUGCCACCUUCCAGUGGAAUCAAGUGUCAACAACAUUACACCAAUUCCAAAUCUCAAGAAAUAAUGGACAGAAAGUUUAUGAAUGAACAAGAAGACACUGACGUAGCUCAAGAAAACAUUGCUGAGUCCCCUCCUUGUUCCACCGCCUUCAACAUCGAUGGCUUGGUCACUUCCCCCACUUCUUCAUCAAAAAGAAGAAGAGCCAUACAGAAGAGGGUGGUGCAAAUCCCAAUCAAGGAGACAGAAGGGUGUAGGCUAAAAGGAGAAGGCAACACUCCACCCUCGGAUUCAUGGGCAUGGAGAAAGUACGGUCAGAAACCCAUCAAGGGUUCUCCUUAUCCAAGAGGGUACUACAGGUGUAGCAGUUCGAAGGGGUGCCCGGCACGGAAACAAGUGGAAAGGAGCCGCGUGGACCCCACCAUGUUGGUCGUCACAUACUCCUCCGACCACAACCAUCCCUGGCCACUUUCUAGAAACCAGGCCAGGCCCACCAAGAAGCCCGAACCGGAGGUCGAGGUGGUACCGGAUCCCGCCCAACCCGAGGAGGACAAGUUCCCAGACCUCCCCUCCGACCACUUGGGCUGGUUCGAAUUGGAAGCCACCGUUCUCGAAAGCCCAAUUAUGACAACGGGCUACGAUGCUGACAUGGCGUCGGUGUUGCUGCCCAUGAGAGAAGAGGACGAGUCGCUCUUCGCCGACCUCGGCGAGCUGCCGGAGUGCUCGGUGGUGUUCCGGCAAGGACUGACGGAGGAGAGCCGGCGCUACACGGCACCCUGGUGUGGGACCACAAUUUAACACGUGCUGCGUGCGGCACAAGAAAAAGAUACUUGAGAUUUUAAUUUUUUGAAAAUUGAGUUUGUUGAGAGUAGAAAAUGGAAAUGGAAAUUGAAUAAAGAGCGAACUUGGUUGUAAUUAGCGUAACUCUGCCGUCCAUUUCAACAGCUUCCGCACUGUGUUU